AUGUCUCCAAUAGAAAAUUGGGAAAAAUACGAUAAACAAGCUGAAGAUAAAGAAGAGGAGAAAAUUGUUGCACUUGAUGAAGGUGAUAUUGCACUUCUUAAAACCUAUGGUCAAGGUCCAUAUGCAAAAGAAUUGAAAAAAAUAGAUUCUGAUAUAAAAGAUGUACAGAAACGAAUAAAUGAAAAGAUUGGUGUUAAGGAAUCAGAUACUGCUGGUGAGGGUGAAGAAGCAAAAUAUAUUAUAAAUGUAAAGCAAAUUGCAAAAUUUGUAGUGGCAUUAGGUGAGCGUGUUUCUCCAACUGAUAUUGAAGAAGGAAUGCGUGUUGGCGUUGAUCGUAAUAAAUAUCAGAUACAGAUACCAUUGCCACCAAAAAUUGAUCCUUCAGUAACAAUGAUGCAAGUUGAAGAAAAGCCUGAUGUUACAUAUAGUGAUGUUGGUGGUUGUAAAGAACAGAUUGAAAAACUUAGAGAAGUAGUGGAAUUACCAUUAUUACAGCCAGAGCGAUUUGUAAAUUUAGGUAUUGAUCCUCCUAAAGGUGUAUUGUUAUAUGGUCCUCCUGGUACUGGCAAGACUUUAUGUGCGCGUGCUGUGGCAAAUAGAACUGAUGCAACAUUUAUUAGAGUUAUUGGUUCUGAACUUGUACAAAAAUAUGUUGGAGAAGGUGCAAGAAUGGUUCGUGAGCUGUUUGAAAUGGCAAGAACUAAGAAGGCUUGUAUUAUAUUUUUUGAUGAAAUUGAUGCUAUUGGAGGUGCACGUUAUGAUGAUGGAGCUGGAGGUGACAAUGAAGUACAAAGAACCAUGUUGGAAUUAAUAAACCAAUUGGAUGGUUUUGAUCCACGUGGAAAUAUAAAAAUUUUGAUGGCUACAAAUAGACCUGAUACACUAGAUCCUGCACUUUUACGUCCAGGUCGUCUAGACCGUAAAGGUCGUACACAUAUUUUAAAGAUUCAUGCAAAAAGCAUGUCUGUAGAACGUGAUAUUCGUUAUGAACUUAUAGCUAGACUUUGUCCAAAUAGCACCGGUGCUGAAUUAAGAAGUGUAUGUACAGAAGCAGGAAUGUUUGCUAUUCGUUCCAGAAGAAAGGUUGCAUCAGAAAAGGAUUUCUUGGAAUCUGUUAAUAAAGUUAUUAAGUCUUAUGCAAAAUUCUCUUCUACCCCAAGGUAA